AUUAUAUAAUCGUGGCCAAAUCUCUCGGAAGGUCAUUCGGAAAUUUAAUCCAUAACGCAGUCACGAAGAAGAACAAGCGAAGUAAAUAUUGAAAGAUGUCUGGACGCGGUAAAGGAGGCAAAGGUCUUGGAAAAGGAGGCGCUAAACGUCAUCGUAAAAUCUUGCGAGACAACAUCCAGGGAAUCACGAAGCCCGCCAUUCGUCGUCUCGCUCGUCGUGGUGGAGUCAAACGUAUCUCUGGUUUGAUCUACGAAGAAACUCGCGGUGUCCUCAAAGUUUUCCUUGAGAAUGUGAUCCGUGAUGCUGUCACAUACACCGAGCAUGCCAAAAGAAAGACUGUCACCGCCAUGGAUGUUGUGUACGCGCUCAAACGUCAAGGACGAACCCUCUACGGCUUCGGCGGUUAAACGACUGCAUCUCAAGACAUAACAAACCAAACGGCUCUUUUUAGAGCCAACAAAUCUC